UGAGGGCGCCCGCUGUGUCAGUUAAGCAGCGGUUGGCGACGGCGGUGAGGCGGCGGGUGAGCCUGUAGCGAGCCGCCAUGGCGCUCUCCUCGCUCCGGCACCUGGACUCCCUGAAAUAUGUGGAGCUGCAGCAGAUCGCGAAGGCCGCCGGGCUGAAGGCCAACCUCCGGGCAGACAAAUUGUUGCAAGCACUGAAGGAACACUUCCAUGGAGCAAAAGCAGAUAAUGAAAAUAUGGACUCUGAAAUAAGUGCAUCUACUACCACAUCCGAUGAACUGAGCAAUCGGGAGGAAAUGAUGCCUGAUUCAAUGUGUUUCAUUACAAAGAGGUGUGAUAAAGAAAAGAAAACAACCAGAAAAAAGCAGAACUCCAAGAAGAAAACUACCAGUGAAGAAAAUACAGGUCUUUCUGAUGAGAAAAAGGAACAUUCUGAAAUGAAAGAAAACAAAGUGCCUCAGGGUGAGCAUGAAAAGGGACAGAAGGCAUUCCAGAAUGAGGAACAAGGAACUAAAAAGAGUGCUGUUGGGAAGCCAGGGAUGGGUACCAAUCAGGAAGAACCAUCAGAGAAGAAUUCUACUAAAAAUAAUGGACAUAAAUGUGAUGCUCAUCAUGCAGGAGAGACGAUCCCUUUAUAUGCAGGCCACCAUGCAUCUAGGUCUGGGAAAACAGGAAUGAAAGCUACUACACCAAACUUUAAAAAGUUGCAUGAGGCUCACUUCAAGAAAAUGGAAUCUAUUGCUGACUACAUUGAGAGGAAAAAAAAAAUGAUUGAAAACUGCAGCAGUUCUCUCAAUGAAGUCAAGGUACUGGCCAAAAAAUCCAGUUGCUUAAGAGCAUCAGAAAAAGGCACUCCACAUAACAAUUCUAAGAAACAAGCCAGUGGCAAAACACUUUUAUUCAGCCCAAAUACAGAGAGGGUCAAAUUUUCCGCCACCUGUACUCCGAGUAACAGCCGGCGCUCGCCAUGCCGUUCUCUGAACGCUGCCAGUCAGAGUAUUUUAUCCAGCAAACCUUUUAAUCCUUCUGCCCUUUCAACAACCAAAAUGAAUGUCAGGUUCUCAGAAGCCACAAAAGAUAAUGAGUAUAAACGCUCUCUUAUCAAGACUCCGUCUAGAAUGUCUCCAUACUUGGAGGAGAUCUGCAUGCCUGAUGGCCAGAAGAGCUGCAAACUAAGUCAGAAAAAUGGCAAGGGAAGUGCAAGAAACAACGAUGUGACUGCACCAAACGUUCUCACCCCCUUCAAGUUUGCAGCUCACUCUGCAGAACCCACCAGUGCAAGGAAGACAUUUGAUCUCAAAGCCAGUCUCUCGAGGCCGCUCCGGUACCAGCCACAUAAAGGACUACUAAAACCUUGGGGAGAAUUGAAAGAAAACUCUGUCCUCAGUAAAUCUGUCGGUAGCAAAGUCUCUUCACGUAAGAAAGACUACAAGCAGCCGCAUCUCCAGACAAGGGAAGAAAGGCGUGAGAAACAUGAGCAAGAGAGAAAAAAGAAAAAGGCUCAGGCUCUUGAAAACCGCAGAGGACUGUCUGUGGGUUAGGAGGAAUAAGAAAUACCCAAGAAAUCACUGUAAAUACUGUUUGUGUCCUGUUAACGUUUGUGCUGUGUGUAGUUCAGGUUGCUGUUAGCUAGUAGAAUCCAGAGAGCAUUGAAUGGUAUGUAAUGCCUUCUAAUGCAUCUGAGUGUAAUGCUUCUCCAACAAGAUGAAAGCUCUAAACUUUUAAGAGCUUAGAACUCUAGCUACUUAAUAAUAAUUUCCUUUAACUGAAAGAUGUUAAAGGAGAAAAAAUAAGUGGAAAAAAGACUCUCAAGGAGCCACUUUGCAGCUUAGGACUGACUUCUGCACCAGAAGGCCUUAGUUACCCACUACACCGCAUGUUCAGACAGCAACUUCCAAAUAUUUGUUCUACUGGUACAUUCCCACUGUUCGAGAUGUCUGCCUUGCCUGUUCCCCAGUUCAGUCCUCAAAUUCUGUAAGAAGUUACAGCCUUUCUGACUGCAUGCCUGUGAAGUAGUAGGGAAUUCCCAAGAGAAGAAAAAAAAGGCAAGCUCUCUGGAAAAACUAAAAGCUUACAGUAUAACUUUGAUAUAAAAUACCAUAUUCUUAAAAAGUAGCAACUGAAAAGUGGCUCUCCAGGUUGCCAGCUGCAUGCUUUGAACACUUGAGUCAUUCCGUUCCUUUCUAUGAGAAACAGGAGCUGUAAAUAAAUUUCUGCUUUUCAGCUUUAUGAUGCUUAACAGAGGUUACAGUAGUGUCAAGGCACAUUCAAUACCUUAGACUUAAAAGUUGUUUGGUUUAAUUUAAAAAAAAAAUACAUAGAAAAGCUGCCUUGAUUUCUUAUAGAUGGAACUGGAAAGGUAAUUCGGCACUUGUAAUGUCAGCUGGAAUUUUGAGCAAAUAAUUGCUUCGGUAAACUUAGUGUCCUGUUGCGUAUGUGCUGAAGUGUCAAGAACAAGCCAUUUUUUUAUAAACUUAAUGGAGGCAAAAUAAAUAUUUUCUCUGUA